GGGCGCCCCGCCCCCCUCCCCUCCUAUUACGCGCCCCGCCUAUAACGCGCUUGGCGAUCUAUGGCUCCCCGUGGUCGCCCGUCGUCGACAUGCACCCUGCGGCCUCGUCCCCAUCGAGCUGCCGUCCCCUCCUGCCCCAGCCGCCCAUCCUGGAGGGGCCAGAGGAGGAGGAGGAGCGGUCAUCGAUGGGGGCAGAGAGGACCAGACCCCCAUCGGCCUUGCCAGGGCCCGCAGGGGUCGGGGCGAGCGGGGUGACGACCCCCGGCCCAAGCCUGUCCCCCUCAGGGUUGCCCCCGUCCGGCUCGACCCCCUGCAUGGCGGCGAAGAUGGCCUUCCGCAAGGCCUACUCCAUCAAGGACAAGCUGCGGGCCAUCGAGCGCGUGAAGGGCGGCGAGCGCCAGGCCAGCGUGUGCCGCGACUUCGGGGUGCCCGGGGGCACGCUGAGGGGCUGGCUGAAGGACGAGCCCAAGCUGCGCUGGUUCCUGGACCAGCUCGGGGGCGAGGCGGGCACCCGACGCAAGAAGAUGCGGUUGGCCAACGAGGAGGAGAUCGACCGGGCCGUCCACACGUGGUUCCUCACCCUGCGGCGGCACGGCAUCCCGCUGUCCGGCCCCAUCAUCCAGGCCCAGGCCGAGGCCUUCGCCCGCCAGAUCUACGGCCCCCGGUGCACCUUCAAGGCCAGCCACGGCUGGUUCUGGCGCUGGCAGAAGCGCCACGGCAUCUCCGGCCGGCGCGUCUACGGCGAGGCCGACCCCCCGCCCGCCGCCCCCGCCCCGCCGUCGCCCGUCAAGGCCGAGGCCGGCCCGCCGCCCCCCGCCGCCGGCGGCUACGGCGACGAGCAGAUCUAUAACGCCGACGUCACCGGCCUCUACUGGAAGCUCUUGCCCGAGCAGACGGCUCCCCUCGGGGAGGGGGAUCCCGGAGGGGGCCCCGGGGGCGGGGGCCGGCGGUGGCGAGGGGACCGGGUCACGGUGCUUCUGGCCGCCAACCUGACGGGCGGCCAUAAGCUGAAGCCCUUGGUGGUCGGCCGGCUGCCCGAUCCCCCCAGCCUCCGGCACCACAACCAGGACAAAUUCCCGGCCUCGUACCGCUACAGCCCCGACGCCUGGCUCAGCGCCGCGCUGCUGCGGAGCUGGUUCUUCGAGGAGUUCGUCCCGGGGGUGAAACGUUACCUGCGGCGCAGCUGCCUGCAGCAGAAGGCGGUGCUCUUGGUCAACCACCACCCGUGGCCCCGGCCCCCGCCGCGGCCUCCCUCCCCGGGGGCGGAGGGCGACCGGGCGGCCCGGAGGCGCCCGGGGCCCCGCUCGGUGGGGGCGCCGGGGUCGGAGCCGGGGACCUGCCCGCCCGAGGAGCUGCGGACCCCGGACGGCGCGGUGAGGGUGCUCUUCCUGUCCGGGAGCGGCACCCGGGGCGGGAUCCCGGCCCCGCUGGAGCAGGGGGUGGUGUCCGCUUUUAAGCAGCUCUACAAGCGGGAACUGUUGCGGCUGGCCGUGUCCCGCGCCGGGGGCUCCCCGCCGGACUUCGCGCGCGGCUUCGUGCUCAAGGACAUGCUCUACCUGGCCGGCCUCUCCUGGGACCUGGUGCGGGCCGGCAGCAUCGAACGGUGCUGGCUGCUAGGGCUGCGAGCCGCCUUCGAGCCUCGGCCGGACGACGAGCGGAAGCCCCGGGCCCACCCGGGGGCCCCGGGGGAGGACGAGGAGGCCAGGGAGCACGGCGAGGUGCUCGGCGACCUCACCCGCUUGGCCGCCCUGGCCUACGAGCGCCUGGCUCCCGAGGACGUGGCCGAGUGGCUGCAUCUGGACGACGGGGCGGCCGGGUUGGGGGAGCCUCUGGAAGGAGGGGAGGAGGAGGAGGAGGAAGGGGAGCGUCCUGGGAAGCAUCCCGGAAUGGCCGCUGCCACUCUCCCACCCCCCGUUGGCCCUCCUGCCGGGCGGGAGGAGGAGGCCGGGAUGGGAAGGAUCCCCGUGCCCACGGCCGGUGAGGCAAUUCGGGGUCUGGAGACGGCGCUGCGGUGGCUGGAGAGCCAGGAUCCGAGGGAGGUGGGGCCUCGGAAGCUAGUGCAGCUGCGCUCUCUGAUCGCUACGGCCCAGCGGCUUGGGGGCACUGGGCCCUAGGAUGGCACUUCCAAAAGAGACGUCCCCCUCCCCUGACAGGGGAUGACCCAGCCCGCCCCAACCCCGGGGUGGAGUCUUAGACUCUCUGUUUUUUUUGACCGCCGCACCUUUUUACGGGGUGGGAGGGGGGAACCUGUGUUUUGGGCUGACUCCUUCAGUACCACCGAGAGGGACGGGAACUACCCCUCACCUGAAACUAGCUGCCAACUUGAAGGGACUGCACUGUGGAGGGGGGCGUCGGGGGUAGAGGAGGGCGAUCUCUGCCCCACGGCCCCCAGCAGCUCCCGCCCGUCACCGCAGGUGAUGGAACAGAAUGUCCCUCCUGGGGAUAUCAGCAAAAAGCACCCAAGGGGAGGAGGAGAGACAAAGUACGUGUAGGGAAACAGAUUGACGAAGGUGAACGAACAGCAUCAGCCCCCAGCCCAUCCCGUAUUUCACUCAGAGGCAGGCGAGGCUCCGUCAGGGAGCAGCUUUUCACCGCGUCCAGAACCAUCGGCCUACAGGAACCUAAUGGGUCCUAAAACGUGGCUGCCCUUGAGCCGGUUUUUAAAAAAUUCCUAUUUUUCCAAGCCUCGGGUGAUAGAUAUCCACCUUAAAGGGGCCUUCUGCCCCCGUAGAUCCCUCGCUGCCCUUCCUGUUCUGAAAAGUCCCAGUCACACGCACUGGUUAAGGAUCUGAACUGCUCUCCCCGAGAGGACUGCAGAGCCUACUUCCCGGGGCUGGCCGGGAUUUGCCAUCGCUUUUUACCCGUCGGUGCCAAACAAAAAGCCGCCAACCCACCGCCCGUUCUUAAAGCUCAGAAUUUCUUUCAAGCCUCAGGUCUCGGAAAGGAUCUCUACUUCGGUGGCCGGGUGGCGAGCGGUUCCGAACUGGGCCGUAGAACCGGGAGGGGGGUUGACGGCCUCCGAGGCCUCCUGGGGCGUGACGGGAGCCGUGGACCCGGGCCGUCAGCGUCCUCAAUCCCGGCUCGCGGCAGGAAGUCAAAUCGGGGACGCCGAUCAAUGCCACUCGAUCUGGAUCGGAGGAUUAUCUGGGCUGUUGGGGGAGACGUCCGUAGCAUCCGAGCUGCCACCAAAGUAAAUGAGGUUAAGGGUGGAGGGACACCUCUAGGGUUUUCUUAAGGCAACCCCCCUGUGAAUUUGGGUUCUGCUUUUAUUGGUGUCUCUCUCCUGAAAAGAAAAAGGCAACAGCUUUUAUGCCAUUGAAUGACUGAUUACCUCUGUGCUGUAAUCAGAACCCGUUCUCACAGUUCCUCCUCGUGAUGUCGCAAAGCAAGCUUUCCUUUUGAAUCUCCCCAAGUGACGGUGUCAGUCGGCAGAUACGAAGUACCCGCCCCUGGGAAUUAAUCUCACACCAGUUUACAAAUUCAGGUCCCCGAGGGUGACCUGGAGAAAUAAGAUGGAAAGACCACUCAUGCCUUAUGAACUUUUCCUCUCGGUCCAACAACACGCCCCAAAAGCACCCUUCAAACUGGAAUUCCAAUACGUUUUCCCUUCCGGAAUGACUUCCAACUCACUCGCUGAGACACACUGGCGAGGUGGGGAGCUUGUUCUCAAAGCUGUGACAAGGCCAGAAAAGGUUCUGCAGAUCCCCAGCGCUGACCAAAAACGCUACUGUGGAGUGAAUCCUUGGUGUCAGUGUAGCUGGGGAAAGAGAGCAGGUACGGUCCUGCCAGCUAUUUGAGGAAUCCUAAUCUAUUCAGGAAGCAGCGUGGCCUAGUGGAAAGAGCACGCGGCCACUGGGAGUCAGGAGAACCUGGGUUCUAAUCCUGGCGCUGCCACACGCCUGCUGUGUGACCUUGGGCAAAUCACUUGGUCAAAGGAUCAUCUCCUGGGAGGACCUCCUGGCCUAACUGAUGGAUGAGCAGGGACAAAGAAAUUAUACAUUUAACACUGUUCAGGCCAUAGCCAGCUCAGGUGCUGGUAAGCAGAUAUGAAAUAAAAGCAUGCAAGAGUCUAAAACCCUC